AUGUCUUCGGUGGAACUCUACGUUAAGGAUGCACGAGUGUGGAUCCCGCACCCGGACACGGUCUGGGAAGGAGCCAUCGUGGAGCACGACUACAAGCAGAACGACAAAAGUUUAAGCCUGCUUACUGAUCGUGGUGUACGGCACACCGUACAAGUGCAGGACGUAGACGAUCUUCCUCCUUUACGAAACCCGGCGAUUCUGAUUGGUCAAAAUGAUCUCACCGCCCUUUCGUACUUACACGAACCCGACGUCCUGUACAACCUCGAGGUCCGGUUCUGCGAUCGUCAAGCCAUCUAUACGUACUGCGGUAUCGUACUGGUGGCCAUCAACCCGUACGCCGAGCUACCGCUUUAUGGACCGGACCUCAUCCGGGCGUACCGGGGCCACUCGAUGGGGGAGUUGGAGCCACACAUUUUCGCCGUGUCGGAGGAAGCUUAUGCGAAACUGGAGCGCGAAAAGUGUGAUAUUAGCAUAAUAGUAAGCGGAGAGUCUGGUGCAGGAAAGACGGUUUCCGCGAAGUAUGCGAUGCGUUACUUCGCCGCCGUUGGCGGCAGCGAGUCAGAGACCCAGAUCGAGAAGAAAGUUCUUGCCAGUAGCCCAAUCAUGGAGGCUAUUGGAAAUGCGAAAACUACGCGGAACGACAACAGCUCGCGAUUUGGCAAAUUUACGAAGCUGCUCUUCGUGAACAAUCAUUCGAUGGCUCUGACAGGUGGGACCAUGCAAACGUAUCUGUUAGAGAAGUCGCGCGUCGUUUUCCAGGCAACUGGAGAGCGCAACUAUCACAUCUUCUACCAACUGUGUGCCGGGCGAGAUCAGUGGCCCGAACUGAUGCUGGACCAUCAGGACAAGUUUCAUUUUUUGAAUCAGGGCGCUUCACCUAACAUCAAUAAGCUGUCGGACCGAGAUCAGUUCCAAGAAACGCUCAGCGCUCUCAGAACUCUUGGGUUCGAUGAGAGCGAAGUGGGCGACAUCAUGAAGGUGGUAGCGGCCGUGCUUCACCUCGGCAAUGUGGUUUUCAGCCAUCGCCAAAAGAGUCAGUCGCAGGAAGUGGACAGCGAGGCGUGUGCCAUCGCUAGCAAUGAUUUGCAUCUGAACGUUUUCAGCGACAUUCUGCAGUUGGAACGGAAUGAACUGCGCAAGUGGCUAGUAACGAGACAGAUCGAGUCCAUCAACGAUAGUGUGCUGAUUCCCAUGAACAAAGCGCAAGCUGAGGCUACCCGAGAUGCACUUGCGAAGCACAUCUACGCAGAGCUGUUUCAGUACAUUGUGCAAAAGAUCAAUCGCAAUCUCGCCGGAAGCAAGAAACAAACGUGUUGCUUUAUAGGUGUGCUCGACAUUUAUGGUUUCGAAACGUUCGACACCAACUCGUUCGAGCAAUUUUGCAUCAAUUACGCCAACGAAAAACUGCAGCAACAGUUCAAUCAGCACGUGUUCAAGCUCGAGCAGGAGCAGUACCUACGUGAGGGCAUCGAAUGGAAGAUGAUCGAUUUCUACGACAAUCAACCGUGCAUCGAUUUGAUCGAGUCGAAGCUGGGCAUUCUGGAUCUGCUGGAUGAAGAAUGUCGAAUGCCCCGAGGCAGCGACGAAUCGUGGGUCGGAAAGCUGCUGGAAAAGUGUACCAAAUACAAGCACUUCGAUAAACCACGGUUCGGAACGAGCGCGUUUUUGAUCAAACACUUUUCCGACACGGUACAGUAUGAGUCUCGAGGCUUUCUCGAGAAAAAUCGAGACACUGUGUCGCGAGAGCUUGUAAGCGUGUUGAAAAAGUCCGCCAUGCGCCUGUGCCAGAGGCUUAUGUCUGUCCAGGACGGGCAGGAGCAGGAGAUGGAUUCUAAAGCUGCUGGUGUGAAAAUUAUGGUCAGUGCAGCGCGCGCUCAGCACCCCGGCGAUAGGAUGAGAAAGCCUAUGACGCAGAAGCAACAUAGAAAAACGGUUGGUUCACAGUUUCGAGAAAGCUUGACGCAACUGAUUACCACACUUCACAACACCACACCACACUAUGUCCGGUGCAUUAAGCCGAACGACGACAAGUUGCCCUUCAAAUGGGAGGCACCCAAAAUCGUUCAGCAGCUGCGGGCUUGCGGUGUACUAGAAACUGUCCGCAUAUCAGCGGCCGGAUUUCCCUCCCGCUGGACGUACGAAGACUUUUACGAUCGCUACCGGUUGCUGUGCAAACAUAGCCAAAUCGUGGACUGGAAUGUUAAUGCAACGUGCACGAACAUUGUGCGAAAUUGGCUACAGGAUCCGGACAAGUAUCGUUUGGGUAAAACACAACUCUUCUUCCGGGCGGGUCAAGUCGCAUAUCUCGAGCAGAUGCGUACCGAUAUUCGACGAAAGCAUAUAAUCGUGCUGCAGUCGCUGAUUCGCCGUUUUGUCUGCCGGCGUAGAUACAUGCGGCUAAAGAAGACGGCCCUUGGAUUGCAGCGGCAUUCCCGGGGAAUGUUGGCGAGAAAGCGUGCGGAUAAUCUACGUAAGAAUCGUGCUGCUGUCACCAUUCAACGAUAUGCGCGCGGCUGGUUGCAACGGAAAAAGUAUAGAGAGGGAAGGCGAGCUGUUCUCGCACUUCAGACACGGGCCCGUGGCUUCAUGGUGCGACGCAAAUUCCGCGCAAUGCUCGAUAACUACAAGGCAACCCAGAUACAGCGCUUGUGCCGUGGCUAUCUGGCACGUCGCCGUUACCAUGAGCGGUUAACAAACAUCAUUAAAUGUCAGGCGGCAAUUCGUAGGUUCCUGGCACGUCGGGAAUUCAAGCGACUCAAGGCUGAAGCUCGCACCGUGGAACACAUUCAGAAGAUGUACAAGGGUCUGGAAAACAAGAUCAUCGAGUUGCAGCAGCGAUACGACGUGAUUUCAAAGGAGAAUACUGCGCUGAAAAAGCAGAACGGCGAGGUGGUGGAAAUGCGACAGAAGCUUGAGGCGAUGAAGCGGCUGGAGAAAGAACUUAAGCACCUUCAGCUGCAACUCGCUCAAAGGGACGAACGGUUGCUGCUCGCGGUAAAUCAGUUAGAAGGCGAACGAGAUGAAAAGAUGCAGUUGCUCGAAGACAGAAAACGGUCAGAGGAAGCGUGGCUACAAGAACGCAAGCAGCUUGAGCAGGAUUUAACAAAGCUCCAACGGGAAAUAACGGCGAUCAGUACAGUAAAUGUGGCCAAGCGGGAACAGUUGGUAUUCCAGGCGGACGCGGACGAAAUUCACUCAGCUUACCAGCGCACAGUGAAGGACAAGGAUGUACUGGAGAAUGAUAAUCAGGCCCUGCGGCAAGAGAUUCGUCGGUUACAGCGUGUCAUGGCGGACUCCUCGUCACAUGAGCUAAAAACUCAUUCCCGGUCGAUCAGUAACGCGUCCAGCACGAACGAGGAAGACUAUGGCUACACCUCUGGGAGGAACACGCUCGAUAUCCGGCGCGCUUCGCCCCAUCUAUACGAAGAUCCUUCGGAUUCUCAUCUAGCGGAUUCGCCCCAGAACGACCAGACAGCCAUCAUCCUCCGGAUGCGCAAAUUGUUUGAAGAGGAGAAAACGAAAGCUGAGCAGCUCCGAAAGGAGCUGGCACGGUUGAAGAAAUCGUCGUCCUUCAGUACGGAAGACUCGAUCCGUGCCUCGGAGCUUGAGGUGGAGAACGAAAAGCUGCGCCAAGAUUACAAUCUGCUACGCAACAGCAUUAAGCGCGGUGUAGAAUCACGCGAAAUGGAUGCCCAGUACGCGGCUCUGCAGGAAGAGCUGAAACGUCGCCGAGAAGAGUGCAUCUCACUUAAGGCAGUCCUUGCACAGCAGAGCCAAUCGUUACGUUCACUCGGUCAAACGAGUAACGGCGAAGCGGGCAUUCGAAUCCACGAGGAGGGAGAACUGAUGGAAGCAUUCCAGGCACAAAAGCUAGUAAAUCGUCAGCUGGAAUCGGAGCUUCGAGCGAUCACCGACGCAAACAACGAAACGCUGGUUGAAAGCAAUCGAAUCAUUGAUGGCCUGAAGUCGGAGAACAGUGAGCUACAGGAAAUACUACAGCGAGAUGUUUCCGGUGGCGAUGAGGAAGCGAACCUAGAAACCGUGCGACAGAACGAGCACUACCUGCGUCACGAGUUGCGCAAGUCCACUGCCGGCUACGUGGAGCUGCAAGAGCAGUUAAACGAGCUGCUGGCGAAGAACUCGGAGUUGCUGCAGAAAAACAAUAUCUUAUCGAAUCGGUUGCGCGAUCACGGCUUAAACGAUUCGAUACUUAUGAAUGACGAAUUCCACAGCGGGAUGGUGGCGGUAGUGAAGAAGCAAUCACAAACAGCAUUCCAUGGCAUUUUAAAGUAUAGCAAGGAAGACGAGAGCAAGAUUAUGCAGCGGCUUGUGACCGAUCUCAAACCUCGUGUGGCUGUUACCCUAACGCCUAGUCUUCCUGCGUACGUGUUGUUCAUGUGCAUCCGUUACACGGACCUAGUCAAUAUGGACCAAGAUGUGCGGUCGCUAUUGACUAGAUUCCUGCAGAUGAUGAAGCGCCUCUGCCGUGGUCCAAAUUCGGUUGAAGUGCGCGUUAUGUGGCUGGCGAAUACUCUCACGCUUCAUAAUCUCAUGAAAAUGUUCGGGGGCUACGCAGACUAUAUGGAAUACAACACUGACGUGCAAAAUAGUCAGCAGCUGAAAAACUUUGAUUUGGCCGAGUAUCGCCAGGUGAUACACGAAAUAAUCAUGUCGUUGCAUGACAUGUUGGUCCGACAAAUCCAGGAAAGUAUCAAGCAGUACGUGGUGCCGGCGAUCCUCCAUCACGAUGAAACUGUUCGGGGCAAGAGCCGUCGCACAAUGUCCCUUGAUGUAUCGCCUGAGCAGAGUCGACCCGAGCCGGAACUCCUGGUGCAGCAAUUGGCGAAUGUUUACAACCAUCUGACAAGUUUCGGUAUGGACGGGUGCUAUGUGGAGCAGAUCUUCAAGCAGCUCAUGUACUACAUCUGCGCCGUAUCGGUGAACAAUCUGAUGGUGCGAGGUGAUUUGUGCAUGUGGAAAACAGGCAUGAAGCUGCGUUACAACGUGGGUUGCCUUGAGAAUUGGGUGCGAUCCCAGAAACUAAGUUCGGACGUGAUGAAGCCGUUUCUGCCGCUUAACCAAAUCUCGUCGAUACUGCAGGCUCGCAAAACCGAAGAAGAUGUACACACCGUACUUGAGCUAAGUUCAUCGCUUUCCUCGGCGCAGGUUUUGAAGAUCAUUAAGUCAUACAAGGCGGACGACUGUGAAGACCAGAUAAAACCAGCCUUCAUCGAGCGACUUACACAUCAGCUUAGUCAGCGCUCAGAACAGCGUGAAUCGGACACCUACAUGAUGGACGAGGAGAUCGUCAGUCCGCUGGUGGUUGUGUUCAAAUACAGCGAGGUUAACCUGCAAGAGAUUGAAGUUCCUCCCGAGCUAAACUUGGGAGCACUAGUUACCAAGAUCUAAACAGGAUCUUAUAUUUUGUAAACUGAAGAUCGACGUCAAUCUAUGGUUGUUUUAUUUCCAAGAGUGGUUUAUUUUAAUGCAUAGCGCAUACGUUAUGGGCUCUUGUUCGUUUUGACGUAAAGAUCUCGUCUUUGUACCAAUAUCAUGUAGGUUUCCUGCUAUCUGAAUGAACUAAAAUUGAACAUUGUGACGGUAUAUGGUAAUCGACUAGUGAGCAGACAGUAAUUAGAGUGAACAGUAAAUUGUAAAAUUUAGUGAAUUGUUGAAGUUUGGCAAUUUAGGGAAAUAGAGGUGUAUGGAGCAUAUGAAAGAUGUUUGAAAACGUUAGUGCCUCACAAGAGAAGUGAAUUAAUAACGAUUAAUCACCAAUCGUCCUGUUAUUUUAUGUGUCUAUAGGCGAACAAAGUUCGAAGUCUUUGAGCAGAUAAAAGACUGGAAAAGGGAAUGUUAUUUUGAGCUUAAAUCCAAGUUUCAACAACAGAAGCAGAAGCAGUGCAUAGAGACCGGAAGGUAUACUUCCAGAUUAUAAAAAAACAUGGCAAGUUAAACAAAUACCUAUCCUCUGUUUACAGUCUUUAUGUAACUCUCCGUUAUAGCGUUGGAGAAUUGUAUUAAACGGGUUUCUUUAAGGCUAUACAGUAGGUUAUAAUGUUCACAGGACAACAUGUUACGAUAUGCUUAUCUGGCAAAUACAACCGCCGAGCGGUCCUAGCCUGCUUGUUACGGUAUAGUUGGUACGAUAUCUAAGCGAAUUUGUUGUCGAUGCGAUUAUUACGAACGUCGUAAUCAUAGAAGAAAGCUCGAAUUCGUUGGAUGCUUUAAAUCGUCAUCAAAUUGCAUUGAAUAAAAAUGGUACUGUAAUGCAAAUACUCGGUAUUACACAGAUUUCUUUCUUGAAAAG